GGAGCAGCAGGUUGUCCACAGCUGAGUAGCGACAGAGAUCUUUGAAAAUACAGACGAUUUACUCCGUACGUUAGUUUUCCUUAAAGGUCGUUUCUUUGUGGUUCGUAAGAAUCUGUCAGAGUGACACCUCUCGCCUUUUUUUGCGCUCUCUGGGUACGGCUUCAGCAAAGCUAGCAGAGCGAGCUAAUCCGGCUAACAGCUACAGGCUAACGGCUAGCUGGUGUCGCUAUGAUGGCGGAGCUGGUGCAGGGACAGGCCUCGAUGAACCAGCCGGGGCUGAAGUCAGACGGCCUGGCUGAUGCUUUACAGAGGGCCCGGCAGAUGGUGGGUAAAAUAGGCGGAGAAACCAUUUCCCACCUCAACAGCUCAUCAGGAAGUGUUGACGCCUCACUGUAUUACCCUGGACAGAAACGACCAGGAGAGGACGGAGGUAAUCAGCUAGCAGCCAUGGGCCAUCAAAGGGUAAUCACAGAGGAUUACAAGGUUCCCGACAGAAUGGUGGGCUUCAUCAUCGGUAGAGGAGGAGAACAGAUCACCAGGAUCCAGUUGGAGUCCGGCUGCAAGAUUCAAAUCGCUUCUGACAGCGGAGGUCUCAUGGAGCGGCCAUGUUCUCUGACCGGAACGCCAGAAAGCAUUGAGCAGGCCAAGCGGCUCCUGAUCCAGAUCGUGGACCGCUGCAGAAAUGGCCCGGGUUUCCAUGGCGACGGCGAGGCCGCUGUGCAGGAGAUGCUGAUCCCGGCCAGUAAGGUCGGACUUGUGAUUGGCAGAGGAGGGGACACCAUCAAACAGCUGCAGGAGAGAGCAGGCGUCAAGAUGAUGAUGAUACAGGACGGUCCGAUGCCGACCGGAGCGGACAAACCUCUACGCAUCUCUGGAGACCCCUACAAAGUUCAGGCUGCGAGGGAGUUGGUUCUGGAGGUGAUCCGGGAGAAGGAUGGAGAUUUCCGGUCAGGACGUAAUGACUUCAGCGCCCGACUGGGAGGAACGAGCCUGGAUGUUCCAGUUCCAAGGUUUGCCGUGGGCAUCGUGAUUGGCCGAAACGGAGAGAUGAUCAAGAAGAUCCAGAACGACGCGGGGGUUCGGAUCCAGUUCAAAGCAGAUGAUGGCAUCAGUCCAGAGCGCGUUGCCAUGGUGAUGGGACAGCCUGACCGCUGCCAGCAUGCCGUCCACCUCAUUAAUGAGCUUGUGCAGACUGCACAGGAGCGUGAUGGCUUUGGAUCUGCCCUGCGGGGUAGCAGGGUCAGAGGUCGCAACGACUGGACCAUGGGCUCCCCAGGACCCCUACAGGAAGUCACCUACACUAUACCUGCAGACAAGUGUGGCCUGGUCAUCGGAAAAGGAGGAGAGACCAUUAAGAACAUCAACCAGCAGUCCGGAGCUCACGUGGAGCUGCAGAGGAAUCCUCCCCCCUCCACUGACCCCAACACCCGGGUCUUCACCAUCAGGGGCACCGCCCAGCAGAUGGACCUGGCCCGCCAGCUCAUAGAUGACAAGAUCGGAGGGUCAGGCAUCAUGAGCAAUGGAGGUUUUGGCUUCAGUCCCUUCACCCAGGGCCCCACCUCACACCAGAACUGUGGCAGUGGUCAGACCUUCCUGACUGGAGUUUGGGGAAACACCUACCAGACCAACUGGCAAAACCCUGGACAACAAGACCCUGGUCACACUGUGCCUCAGACAGGACAGAUGGACUACUCUAAAGCAUGGGAGCAGUACUAUAAGAAGCUAGGUCAGCAGAGCCAGCCUCAGAACCUGAUGACAGACUACAGUAAGGCCUGGGAGGACUACUAUAAGAAACAGAGUAUGACACGCCCCUCACCGUCAGUCGUCCCAGCAGAGUUCAGUGCCAGACUACACUGCAGCUUUAGCAGAAUACUACAGACAGCAGCCCUACCUGUGGAACCCGGCCCAGAUACAGGAUCACUAGAGGCCCCUCCCUCCUGGUGAAGGCCUCGAGUGGUGGUCAACGGCAACAGAAAUCGGGGUUUUGUAGCAACGCUCCGCCGCUUCCUCCUUCCUUUUGUAGAGAAAAACUAAGGAUUAACUGAAAAAAAAUCACGAACUCUUUUCUUUCUGUUUUUUAACCUUACAAAGUUGAUAUUUUGUCGGGCAGAUUUUUUUGGACUAGCCUCUGGUCUCUCCAUUGUAGACCUGUUUUUUCUUUUUUUUUUUUUUUUUUUUAUCAAACUUGAACUUAAAGGUGUAUCAGUGUGGCUUUGAACAAAAAAAAACACACACAAAAUCCAGUAUAAUCUAUAUUUUGUCUAGUUUUAUUUUCCAAUAAGAAAACGGUGUAAGGCUUAGCAGUCUUGAGUAAGAAAAAUCAAAUGUAUUAUUAUUAUUUUGUUAAAGGUAAUAUUUUAAAGCAUGCGUCAGAUUGUGUGUGUUGACUCUUGUUUUUUUUUUUUUUUGCCAUAGAAAUAUUUUAAUAGCGUCAGAUGGAAAUGUAAUGUUUUACAGUUAGGAGACGAAACUGUUUUUGUACUAAAUUUGUGCUCGCUGGGCCUAUUUGUUUGCAUUUAAUUUUUAACUGUUUAGUCGCCAUCUUGGAGGUGCAAUGACGUGUUUUUUUUUGUGUGUUUGGUUUUUUUCGAUGAUAGAUCUUAUUCCUGUAUCACUAUAGCGAUCCUUUAGUUUUUAUGAUGUGAUGAUGAAUAAAUGAGGAUUUCUGUA